AUGGCAGGUGGUGAUGAGGCUUUGGAGCAGAGUGUUGGGGGCACAGCCAGGGCAGCGCGUGCAGGCGGGCAGCAAGGAGUGCAUCGUCCUCCUCUCCCUCUCCCUUCCUCCCUUCCUCCAUCUCCCUGCCUCACUACCCUCUUUACCCUCUCUGUUGCCCGUCGUCCCUUCCUCCCUUCCUCCCGUCCUCCCGUCCUCCCUUCCUCCCUUCCUCCCGUCCUCCCGUCCUCCCUUCCUCCCGUCCUCCCUUCCUUCCGUCCUGCCUUCCUCUCGUCCUCCCUUCCUCCCGUCCUCCCGUCCUCCCUUCCUUCCGUCCUGCCUUCCUCCCGUCCUCCCUUCCUCCCGUCCUCCCUCCGUCCCGUCUUGUUCCCAUCCAUCCAAUCCUUAGCUCCUCCUCACCCCAUCUCCUCCCUUCCCUCGAAAGAGCUCGCUCAUUCCCCUCCUGUCACCCACGCACGCACCCUCCCCUCGACCGACAGGUCGUUCUCCGCUUCCGUCGCAUAUGCGUUCAUUUCCCCUUCCCUCAUCUCCCCAUUCCUCAUCUCCCCCUCCCUCAUCUCCCCAUUCCUCAUCUCCCCUUCCCUCAUCUCCCCAUUCCUCAUCUCCCCCUCCCUCAUCUCCCCAUUCCUCAUCUCCCCUUCCCUCAUCUCCCCAUCCCUCAUCUCCCCCUCCCUCAUCUCCCCAUCCCACACCUCCCCAUCCCUCAUCUCCUCAUCCCUCAUCUCCCCAUCCCUCAUCUCCCCAUUCCGCCUCACCCCAUUCCGCCCCACCCCAUUCCGCCAUGCCAUCCUACUCCUCAUCCCCAUUCCCUCGUUUCCCCAUCCCUCCUUUCCCGAUCCCAUCAUUCCCUCUGCCAACUUUCCCAUCCCACCAUACGGUCAUACCCCAUCCCGCGACCUCCCCGUCACCUCCACCCGACCCCUCUCUUCCCUGCUUCUUCCCAUCUUCCCAUCUUCUGCCUCGCCAAAAGGUUUGUUCUUCACCACCUCCGCUAUCCAUCCUUUCAAUACCCAUCCCCUCCUCCCCAUCCAUCCCAUCCCCAACUCCUGCCCCUAUCCCUCCUCUCGCGAUCCCUCCUCUCGUUUUCUCAUUCCCUCCUCUCGUUUUCUCAUUCCCUCCUCUCCCCGCCCCGUUCCUCCAUGUCUCCCAUCUGCCGUACCUCACCUCCAUCUGUUCCUCCCAUCCUCCAUCCUCGUUACCUCCCUGCCACCCUUUCUCCUCCCCACCCUCCUCCCCAGCCUUUCUUCCUCCCCUCCCUUCUGCUUCUCCCCCAAGCGUCCUCCCUGCCUCCCUUCCUCCCAUCAUCACUUCCUCCCUUCCUUCAUUCCUGCAUUCAUCACUUCUUCCCUUCCUCUGUUCCUCCCUCAUUUGCCAGUUGUCAUUCUUUUGAAUGCUUGCUUCCCUUAUAUUUCAGCCACGUCACAUCUGACUUCUUGGUUUGUGUUUGGACAGGCCUGCUCUGCAUCUGGUUGUGAAUAA